AUGCCCUCGCCCUCGCCCUCGCCGCCGCCGCCCAUCCCGACGAGUGCGACGUGGUUCACCCCCGAGCGCCUCCUCGCGCUGUUCUGCGCGAUGAGCAUGCUCAUCUACCUCGACCGCGGCGUCAUCUCCUCCGCGGCGGUCAGCGGCGCACCCGGCACGCGCUCCGCCCCGCUCGGGUCCGGCCUGCAGGGCGAAUUCGAUAUCGGCUACGCGGAGUACGGGCUCCUGCAGGCGGCGUUCAUGACCGGCCUGCUGAUCGGAUGCCCGAUCUUCUCGUCGCUCUCGAAACGCCGGAACCCGUUCAAGCUCAUCGGCGGCGGUCUCGCGUGCUGGACCGUCGCGACGUUUCUCUGCGGCGUCGCGCCGAAUUACGCGUCGCUCUUCGUCGCGCGCGCCGUCGUCGGCGUCGGCGAGGCGUCCUUCUGCGCGCUCGCGGCGCCAUUCAUCGACGACUACGCCCCUCCAUCGCGCAAGACGACGUGGCUCGCGACGUUUUAUCUCUGCAUUCCGUUGGGGAUCGCGUUCGGGUUCAUGUACGGCGGCGUCGUCGGGAGCGCGCUCGGGUGGCGAUGGGCGUUCAUCCUCGAGUCGGUCGCGAUGGCGCCCGUGGUGGCGUUUUGCGCCGACGCCGCGCCGGUGCCGAUGCGCGGAGUGAACGGCGGGUGUCGCACACACAGCGGCGAUGGAGGCAGCGACGGCGAAGAGGAGGAGCUCGGCGCGGACGGGUCCCGGGGCGGGCGCGAGGGCGCGGAGGAUCGCGUCUCGCUGUUGGCGGCGGCGGAGGCGGCGGCGGCGGCGGCGGAGGCGGCGACGCUCGAGGGGGGCGCGCGCGGGGACGCGGACGACGGCGACGUCGAUCUCGCCGUCGAUAUCGACGACGCCGACGCCGGAACGGGCGCGAAUGAGAUGACCGCGUCCGCGACGCUGCGCCGCCGCGCCGCGCGCGACGCGACGCGCGCGGCGGCGGCGACGAAGACGAUGCGUUUGGAUUUCCUCCGCGACGCGUCUCAACUCGCGAAGAUACCAGUAUACGUCCUGACCGUCGCCGCGUACGUCGCGUACACCGCCGUCGUCGGCGUGUACGCGGUGUGGGGCCCGAAGGCUGGGUACGCCAUCUACGGCUCCGCGCUGAAGACGCGGGGCGACGCGGACUUCGCGCUCGGGGGCAUCACCGUCGUCGCGGGCGUAGUCGGGACGCUGCUCGGCGGGCGCGCCGUGGACGCGUUCGGCGCGUCCCGGCGCGCGGCGAUCACCGUCUGCGCGGUCAGCUCCGUCGCCGCGUUCGCGCUUCUCGAGGCGUCUUUUCAGGCGCCGACGUUUGCCAUCUUCGCGUGCGUCUUCUUGAUCGGCGAGACGCUCGCGUUCGUCGUGCAGGCGCCCGUGAACGCGGUGAUCCUGUGGUCAGUGCCGCCGGGGAC